AUGGACUUAUGCCAAAUGUUUUACGUGCCACGCAAAGGCAUGAAAAGCAAUCCAUUCAAUCCAUGCGUAAUGGCCCACUGUGUAUUACAGCGAGAAGUUCUCAACAAAUACGCAAUCGGGACCCAAAAAUCGAAACGUAGAACGCAUAAGAUAGAACUUUGGCGUAGAACGCAGGGGACAGAGCCCUCAACAUCACGGAGUCCACAACCGCCUUCUUGCCAACGCCUGUUGUUCGCUGUCUCCAUCGUGGUUAAAUUCGAUGUUCACUGUCGAAGCAGUCACGAUUGCAGAAGAGUAAGGGUGAUGGAGAGGAUCGCUGACGAUGACACUCGAAAGACGGCGAUGCGAGAAAGACUUCAGAGCAACUUGGGCAGGAAGAAGCAGCCGCAGCAGCGGCAUCGACAGCGGCGAUGGCAACAGAAGGAGGAGGAGGAGGAUGAGUACAAAUGCCCGGUGAAGGGAGAGGUAUUUGAAGGAGGGUUGGAGACAGAACCCUUGGGAAGCGAGGUGGAGGAAGUAAAAAUGCCCCCCAAACCACGUAUCAGGCCACCACUGGACCGCGAAUGUGUGGUGGACACAGUGGUUACUGACGUCGUUGUUGUUGUAGUUAUGGCCACAGCCGCUGUCGUUGAUGUCGGCAUCAAUGCCGUCCCCACCACCAUCGACGUCCCCGACGCUGGCGCUGACGCUGACACCGGCACCAACGCACCUUCACCAUCAGAGAACUACGGCGAAGAAGGGCAAAAAGACGAGGAAGGGAAAGAAGAAGCGACGAAAGGGAAUGGGGAUAUGGGUGAGAACGAAGCGGCAACCGCAAACCCAUCCUGCCUCAACCUACCCGACUGCAUCUCAUCCCAUCCCGUCCUAAACUACAUAUCUUCCUUCUUAAAAUAUUCUACUGCUGCAUCAGAUAUGAUGCCAUGCUUCCACCUGCCCCACAAGAGUACGAACACUACUUCUCCAGACUAG